CUUGCCGAAGAAAGACGUGAGUUCAGCUGUUUGCCGAUCAUAAACAUUUGCGAUCCACGUACACGUCAUGCUGGUUUACUUGUUGAGAUAGGUUGCACUUUGAUAAGUUAUCAUCUCGCGUGUUUUAGUUCGUUCUGACGGUGUUGGUUUUGUUUAUUUUUGUGUUUUGAGUGAUUGUUUUAUUUUUCCGGAAGCAGGACUCUGUUGGGGACUUCGGAAGACCGACAGCUUCAAGAUUAAAGCGAUAAAGUCGAGGCCUAACGGCCCCAUGAUGACGAUGGACAUAUCCAAAACAGAGGCCACUAAGACCACCCCCGGCCAGGCCCCCCAAGAAUGCGCAGGUUGCCUCAAACCCAUCACUGAGCGGUAUCUGCUCAAAGCACUCGACAUGUUCUGGCACGAGGACUGUCUCAAAUGCGGCUGCUGCGACUGCAGACUCGGCGAAGUCGGUUCCACUCUGUACACCAAGGCAAACCUGAUCUUGUGUAAAAGGGACUAUCUGAGACUUUUCGGUAAUACCGGCUAUUGCGCAGCCUGUACAAAAGUGAUCCCCGCCUUCGAAAUGGUCAUGAGGGCAAGAAGUAACGUUUAUCAUCUAGAGUGCUUCGCGUGUCAACAGUGCAAUCAUAGAUUUUGUGUAGGCGACAGAUUCUACUUGUGCGAGAACAAAAUACUUUGCGAGUACGACUAUGAAGAACGACUGGUGUUUGCCAAUAUGGCGUAUAAUCCUCCACCACUAUCACACCUCAAGAGGCAGACAUCGAUACCACCUGUGAACCUCCCCAGCCAUCUUCUGAAUGGACACCGACCCCCGCUUCCACCCUCCAAUGGCGAUAUGAACAAUAAUAUGUCCGGUUCUGGACAACAACCGCCCAGUUCAAUCGCCAGUCAAUCUUUUCAAGGAGCGAGUCAUUUGAAAAACGGCCCCCUGUCACUAGGGGCAACUAGCUGAAAGUAUUGAUAAAUGUGAUUCAAGUGAUACGGUUUCAAGGCUGUUGAAUGUUUGAGGGAAAUUGUUUAUUUGGAACGUUCACCAAAAAAGAUACAAAUGUCCAAGGUACAGGAUAGUUCUUGUGGAGAUCUCGGAAACCAUAAGAGAUACGGUGAUGAUUGAAUGCAAAAAUCUAAUAACUUCCAUGAAUAUGCCAAAAAACUCCGAAAUUUGCCAGAUCCGUUUCUGUUUCUGACUCUGAAAAAAAGCUGACAAAACAAAUUUUUUAUCCCUGUUGCUACCAAUUAUCCUCAACGAGACAGCCUUGACGGAUUCUCAGUGCAAUGUUUCGUCUUGAAGAAAUCACCAUCAACUCCAUUUCUUUAUAUGUUUCGUGAAAAAAUGCAUUCCAUAUUCAUAGAAUUUUUCAUUACGAAUAUAUAACGAUGUUACAGUACAUUAUGAAUCUACUUGAAGUGAAUCAGACAAAAAAAGU